AUGGCCAAAAAAUUGAAGAUUUCUUCUAUUUUCAAGAAAAAAGAAUUAGGGCUAGCCACUUGGCAAUGGCCAUCUUGUACACAUUCUAAGACUCUAUCUUUUAGAGGUGAUGACAACAUUUUCAAAACUAUAAAUUCAGUGUUCUUUGACCCCUUUGAUGGAAUUGAAACUCCACAGUCUUAUUCCACAAAUUCAUCAUUAGAUACUAAUAGCAUUUCAAUAGAAUCCCAUGAAGAAAUCAUAAAAGGGGCUAGAUCAGAAAGGCUAUUUUUUGAACAAGUGGCUACAAGUUCAAUUUUUCAAGAACCACAAGAGGAAAAUCAAGAAAAUGAUUUGCCAUUUAAAGAGAGUGUAAUUUUGGCUAUGGAAUCAAAAGAUCCUUAUUUGGAUUUUAAGAAAUCAAUGAAGGAAAUGGUUGAGAGUCAAGGGAUUAAAGAUUGGGAUAAUUUACAAGAAUUAUUAGCAUGUUAUUUGAAAUUAAAUGGUGAAGUAAAUCAUGGUUUUGUUUUAGGUGCUUUCGUCGAUCUACUUGUGGAACUUGUUAUCCCUACUACUCCGAGUACAAAUUCGGAUAAUUCAAUUACUUCUUAUUCUUCCGUUGCUUCUUCUUCUUUUUCUUGCCCCUCGUCUCCUCUGUCUUCGUUAGGACAUAAAGAGACUGAGGAGCAAGAAAAUGCAAAAGUCUCGUAA